UGGACCAAUCAAAUGGCUCCAUGUUUUUCCACGUUCAAAACGGUGUUAAAGUAAAAAAGUGACGCGACAACAGACGAUACCGAAAAUGAUCUGUUCGCUGUUAUUUUUCUGCGUUAUUACAUCAUGUCUGGCCACAAUUCCUCGACCAAGAGGGGUUUCUAUAUCAAUGGCCAGUUGGUACAAGCCUGGUGCAGAGUUUAGAUGUAUCGAUGGAAGCAAGUCGUUGCCGUUUGAAUACAUCAAUGACGAUUACUGCGACUGCCCUGAUGGCUCCGAUGAACCCGGUACAUCUGCCUGCCCUGGUGGGAAGUUUCACUGCACCAAUGCUGGAUUCAAACCGUUGAAUAUCCUCUCAUCUCGGGUUGGGGAUGGCAUUUGUGACUGCUGUGACGGCACAGAUGAGUGGGAGGGCAACAUUGAGUGUGUAAACAAUUGCAAGGAGCUCGGCAAGAAGAUGAGAGAGGAGGCCGAGCUGGUAAGGCAGCUACAGGAGCAGGGGCACACACUGAAACUGCAGUACAUGGAGACCGGGAAGAAGACACGGGCUGUGAAGAAGACUGAACUUGAAGAACUGCAGAAGACAAAAGUUGAGCUGGAGACAGUAAAAAAUGAAAUGGAGCAAAAGAAGAAUGAAGCAGAAACACCAGAAAAGGAGGCCAAAGAAAAACAUGAACAAGCAUGGAAAGAGGAGCUAGAGAAAAUUAAAGCUGCCAAGGACAAGGUCAAGGCUGAGACAGCCUUCUAUGAGAUGGACGAGAAUAAAGACAACAGGGUGGAUCUAGCCGAGGUGAAGGCUCACUCACAGUUUGAUGUCGACAACAACGGGGAAGUGUGUGACACUGAGGCCAGGGAGCACCUAGAGCUUGGGGAUGAAGACACGCACGUUGACAUGGCCCACUUCAUUGAGAAGGUCUGGCCAAACAUUCGCGAGUUCUACAAGUCCCCAAGUGAGUUGCAGGCUGCUGCCAAGGGAGAGAAGCAGGGUGAAGUACCAGAGGCCCCGAAGGCCAAUAUACCCAACACAGGUGAAUAUUUAGAAAAUGAAGAUGAUGAUGAGGAGGAUGAGGAGGAAGAUAUUGAAUAUGAUUUCUCUACUCAGGAGGAGGGCCAUGCUGAGCCCCAUGCCACUCCUACCGCCCCGCCCUCUUCAACCAUGGAAACGCCUGUAUUAGUACCUCCUACCAUUGUGGAAGAAGAAAACAAGGAAAAACCAUCAGUAGCUGAUGAUGAGAAAAUGCCAGACUAUGAUGAACUGACUAAACAACUUAUGGCGGUUGCUGAUGUCGCUAGGAACCAGUUUACUGAAGCAGAAAAAAAACUGAAAGAUACUGAAAGCCAAAUCAGAAAUCUGGAGACCUAUCUUGGCAUUGACUACGGCCCCAACGAGGAGUUCAGCGUGUUGAAAGGCAACUGCUAUGAGUACACGGAUCGGGAAUACACCUACAAGAUGUGUGGCUUUGACAAGGCCACGCAGCGAUCAAAAAGUGGCGGAUCAGAGACAACUUUGGGUAACUGGGGUAAAUGGGACGGGCCAGCCCAUGACAAAUAUGCAAUCAUGAAUUAUGAGAAUGGACAGUCUUGCUGGAACGGACCCAAUAGGUCCGUCAAGGUCCAUUUAAAAUGCGGUACAGACAACAAACUUACUGGUGCCUCCGAGCCAAGCCGGUGUGAAUAUGCCUUUGAUUUUGAAACCCCAUCGAGAUGCUCUGAACCCCCCACCACCCACCAAUUGCACACAGAACUGUAGUCAAUCACCAUCAGUGCAAAAUAAUUGAACUGUUUCAAAGUGCUCAAUUUCUGUCUGACAUGUUAAAGAUGCUAAUUUUAAUCAUAUAUGUAUUUUGUGGAGACCAUGAACAAAUCACAAUAAUUUCUUAUAUUUAUGUUGUUAAGUAAGCUUGUUAUGGAAAAUAUUAAUGUAUUUGUAAAUUAAUAUGAUUUAUUCUAUUUGAACUAUAUUUUACAACAACCAUACAGUUCUCGUAUGCCAAUGCAAUCAUGAUGUUUAGCAGUAUGAAAUUAUGAAUAUAUUAACAUGAAAAGUACUAACAACACAA